UUGGGAUCGAAAUUGAUUUUUUUCCCUUUGGCUCCUCUUCAAACCCUGAAUUACGUCAUUCUGCUCUCUGUUAGUACGGACGAUAUCCUCACUUGUUUUUUAUUUUUGCACGCCUACCCCGAAUUGACUCCAGCUUAGUUUAUCCAAACGAGAACUUUUUUUUGGCCGUCUUCCCGAGUCGUCCGAGCUGAUACGGGCUGCAAUACGCCGCACCUGACCAAAUUCCCUCAAGCUAACAACCUUACCUACCUACCUACCUAUAGCAGGUAGGUGCCUUGAGACGGCAGACUUCAUUUGAAUUCAGACUUGCCGCGAUUGACGAUUUGGUAGGCGCGGAUAGGUUAACCUUCGGGGAAGCCAAGGGUACCCUGCUGUAACUGGCCGACUACCGACACUCCCCUUGUUUAACCCCCUCACCAUCCAGCUUGAAUCGGAAAUCCGUCUCUUUUUUUUCUUUCUUUUUAUUCGCGAGACAUAUCGGCCCUUGGGUCCUUGAGCUACGUACUGUUUUACUGUACAGUUGGCUGGAACCUCGGGGCGACCGCUUUGGGAGACUGGGCUCGACCUGCAAAAAAAAAAAAAAAAAAAAAAAAACUAUUUUUUUUGUUUCAUUGUGAUUUUUAAUCAAUAUUACUGCUUUCGGGUCCAAACUCGCCCCUGAUUUGACCGGCCCGCUUACCUCGUGGAAUACUGGGGACCAGUGGCAAGCAAGCCACGGCCGCUAGACUCGGACUCGGGUCGCUCAAACUAGUUCUGAGCCUAGGUCUUGCCGCGUCUCUCCCAAUCCACCAAAGUCCCUACGAAGUACAUUUGAGUCCGUAUCCUUAUGGGGCCUCGUCAUAGCGUCGUUCUACUGAGAGAGUAUACAGGAGAGACGCGCGUGCAUACUUGACCUCGCUGUCGACUUGCGACCUGAGCCAUCACUGUUCUCCCCCCAAAUAUUCGGCCGCAGCUAUGGAGAGCCAAAUGAUGGCGGCAACAUUGUCGUCCUCGACGUCGUCGUCCAAGCCCGCGCCUCCGCAAAGCGAGAUGGGCGCGGCAGGCAGUGCAAGAGAAAAUGCCGCAUCAGCAUCCGCAUCAGCGUCGGUUCCCAGGAAGAAAUCACGGCGCGGCACCGAUUCCGCAAAUCAAAAGCGGCGCUGUGUCAGCACCGCAUGUAUCGCAUGCCGCAAACGCAAGAGUAAGUGCGACGGUGCCAACCCGAGUUGCGCCGCGUGCGCCAGCGUCUACGGCACUGAGUGUGUAUAUGACCCGAACUCGGAUCACCGUCGUAAGGGCGUCUACAAGGAAAAGAUCGACAGUAUGAAGGCGCAGGGCUCCACACUGCAGAUUCUAAUCGAGGCCAUCCUCAAUGCCGCCGAGGACGAUGUGCCCAACAUUGUAAAAAGGAUAAGGACAUGCGACAGCCUCGAUGCUGUCGCCGAUGCCCUCGCCAAGGAGGAACGUGCUGCGGUUGCCAAGGAGGAAGACGAUUUCCCCUCCCGCAUGGAUGAUGAGUACACAACGGAUGGACCUACCGAGGGCGAAAGGGAUCUCGCCCGCAAAAUGGGUGAGCUACGGCUCGAAAACGGCCUUGUGCGCUUCAUUGGCGGAACUUCUCAUUUGAUAUACACUGGCGAUCCACAAGAGUCGCACAGGCGACCAGAAACGGAGGGGCUCGCGCUCGACACCAUGGACCCUCUAACCACCUGGACUAGGGUCACCACCGAUACCCAUCUCAUCAUCCACCUACUCAACAUGUACUUCAACUGGCACUACCCAUACUUUACUGCCAUGUCAAAGAAGCUCUUUUACAGAGACUUGUUAGAAGGAAAGCCAAGAUCCCCACCCACCCGAACCACCUACUGCUCUUCGCUUCUUGUCAACGCAAUACUGGCUCUGGCAUGCCACUUCACAAACGUACCGGGCGCAUAUGCCUUACCGGGUGACAGCGGUACGAAAGGAGACCAUUUCUUCGCCGAGGCCAAGCGAUUGAUUGUGGAGAACGGCGAGUACGAACAGCCGCGGCUGACGACGGUUCAGGCCCUCGCCAUCAUGUCUGUGAUCGAGGCGGGCAACGGGAGAGAAGCCAAGGGAUGGGUUUAUAGUGGCAUGAGCUUCCGGAUGGCUCAGGACAUUGGACUGAACCUGGAUCCCGGAUCAAUGGCGGCUUCAGGACUGGACGAAGAGGAGAUCGAUGCGCGACGAGUUACCUACUGGGGCUGCUUCCUGUUCGACAAAUGCUGGUCCAACUACCUUGGAAGGUUACCACAACUGUUGAGGAGCAACUGCAACGUUCCAAAGUACGACGUUUUCCCGACCGAGGACGCCGAGAUGUGGUCGCCUUAUACGGACAGCGGCUACGACCAGUCGUCGGAGCAGCCAUCCCGGGUUCGCGCCGUCGGGCUCCAAUUAGUAAAGCUGUCAGAAAUCAGCAGUGACCUCCUUCUCUUUUUCUACCACCCCAAGCACAUCGGCAGGUCGAGUGGCAAGUCGGUUGAGUUGAAGAAGCUGAGCGAACUACAUCGACGACUUGAGGAGUGGCGGAAAGAGUUGCCCUCAGAGUUUGAGCCCAAGGAUGGCCAGUUACCCAAUGUCAUCCUGGUGCACAUGUUCUUUCACCUGCAGUACAUACACUUGUUUAGGCCGUUCCUGAGGUAUGCUCCGGCAAACUCGCCUCUUCCGGCACACGUGUCGCCUCGCCGUAUAUGCACUGCCAAUGCUGGAGCCAUCUCCAAGUUGAUGCGACUAUAUAAGAAGACAUACAACCUGCACCAAAUACCCAAUAUAGCUGUGUACAUGCUUCAUUCGGCGUGCACAAUACAUUUAUUGAACUUGCCAGAAAAGGCUGCCAGGCGGGAUAUCAUUCACGGAGUGAAGCAUCUUGAAGAGAUGUCUGAGGACUGGCUCUGUGCGAGGAGGACGUUAAGCAUUUUCAGUGUGUUGGCACGGAAAUGGCACGUCGAGCUGCCUGCCGAGGCUUCAAUUGUCUUGAAGCGUACAGAUGAGAAGUACGGAACUUUCAAUACUGCCGAGGUGCCAUCACCAAGCAUGUACGCCAACACGACACCUAGUGCGGGCUGCGGUUCUGCCGGCUCACCCCUGAGCACGACCAUGACGAACCUGCCCCAAUCCGUAGCCCAAGAACCGGACCAGAACCAGCAGCAGCAGCAGCAGCAGCAAUAUGCGCCGGCCGGCAUAAGUCGAAGGAAUUCGAGAAUGGAUUCACAGACGCCUCAGGAAUCAAUGCAUGCAUCCAUGCAUCCUAGCAUGCUAAGUGGGUAUGAAUCGGUCCCGCGGGCAGUGAACAAGCAGCAGCAGCAGAGUGUGGCAUCGCAAGUUCCAAAAUCUGUACCCUACGCGACCGCCAACAAUACGGCUUGCGUGAGUUCAAGUGUGCCAAUCUCGAUGGGCGAUGCGAUGGCUACUAUGAACUCGUGGGGAAUCUCGCCCGUCACCCAACAACAGACCCAGACGAUACCGGCCUAUCAUCAUCAGCAACAUCCACAAGCGCCACCGACGCAGGGGCAAUCACAACGACCACGCCAAUACUCGGCUAUGCAUCACAACGGCCACAAUGUACCCGGCAACCCAUCAUCAGCAAAUCGAGCUUCACCUACGACGACCAACCGUCAAGUAGCGCCGCAAUUUCUAGGCACGCUCGACGGUCAGGAAUGGUUCCUGAAGGAUAGUGUCAACUGGCAUCAGAACUUUGAGGCAUGGGGGUUGGGUGACAGCGUGCAGACGAACGUAGGCGGACAAGGAGCGGGAGGUAUGGGCGGGCCCACGGGUACCGGGACCGGCAUGCCUGAUGCGGCGAGUAUGUUUAUGUUCAGGGGAAGUAAUGGCAUGCGCGACAACGAUGGUGGGAUCGACGUGUCUGUCUUUGACUCGCUUGAUACAACCAUGAAUGGGCUAGAUCACCUGUCUGGUCUUGAAUGACAGGACUUGCGAUUUAGAUUAGGUGUUGACGCUGGUCCCAUGGCUAUGAUCGGGGGGGUUUGUUGAUGUAGAAGGAGGGGUUGAUGUUUGGGCAAUAAUUUAGGCCACUUCUUGAGUAAAUAUUCACUUUUGUAUUUUCUUUUGUUUAUUUUUAUAUUUUAUUUCGGUUAUUUAGUUUGUUUGGCUGCAAUACCAUUUGCUGGUGGGUUUCAAGUUUCGGUAAACCAGGCAAAGGAGAAAGGGGCCAAAGACAAAAUGGGGGGGAGUCAGGAAAACUUGGGUAUGGAUGGUUCUGAUUUAUAGCGCUUCUGAGUGUGACUCUAUUUAGGCCAGUAUCUAUAUUAACACUUUAUCUUUAUUUUGACAUGUCACUGCUGUCAUGGAGGA